GACCCCACGACGCUCGAGCCAUUCUCGGCUCUAAGUUCUCACAACAGAAGGACGAUAGUCGCGACAUGCGGCCGCACAGAACUGUGGUUUCUAUUGGUGUACAAGUUUUAAGGUUUCUUGUGGUGUGCGUGUGUGGGUCUGUGUGAGUGUGUCUAUUGCACUAGUUGAAAGCUAGAGGCCCCGAGAGAUUGUUUACUACGACCGCUUCACUCCCGAAAAAUAAUGUCCUGACUAUUUUCGACCACUUUGAACGGAAAUUGGUUUUUAUUUUUUUCGGUUUUUCGAGAUUUUCGUGUAGUACUAUGGCAGAGGAAGUGGAUGGUGGUAAAGAUCAACAAAGUAAUACAGAAAAUCACCCAGAAGAUGAAGAGCACCCGAAGCUUAAAAAAGGAAAAUGCAAAUGGUUUAACGUAGCCAAAGGAUGGGGAUUUAUUACACCCAAUGACGGAAGCCAAGAUGUCUUUGUUCAUCAGAGCGUCAUUCAAAUGGGAGGAUUCCGUUCUUUGGGCGACGACGAGGAAGUCGAAUACGCGUGCAAAUCGUCCGAAAAAGGUCUAGAAGCGGUAAAAGUAACCGGUCCAGGGGGCGCUGACUGUAAAGGAUCGAACAGAAAGCUGGCCUCAAAGAAGCGCUAUCGGAAAAUAAGGUGUUACAACUGUGGAGAAUUUUCGAAUCACAUAGCGGCAAAAUGUACGUUGGGACCUUUACCCAAAAGAUGCCAUAACUGUAAAAGUGAGGAGCAUCUAAUCGCCGAUUGUCCCACAAAACCAGAAAGACCUUCAAAUACCGAAAAUAAAGACCCAGAACCAAUGGAAAAAUCACCAUAAUAUUGUAUAAGCCAUCAACAGACGUCUUUGUAUAAAAUUAUUUCUCGUGCUAUUUUUGGUCAGUUUACUCAGUUCAAGCAAAUACGUAUGGUAUAAAGUACGUAUAUUAUGAUAUACAGUGUAUGUAUAGUAUUACUCGUAAUUACUUGGUCGAAAUUAAGUUAUAAUGUAUGAAAUUUGGAUGACCAAUGAAACGUUUCAAUCACCAAAGAGCUUAAUUAUUGCUUAAUUACGUUUUAUUGUAGAUUUUAAAUUAUAACUUUAAAAAAAAUGUUAACAAAACUGAACAUGUUUAUAUGUACGGGGUGGCCCAGGCUUUCCAAAAAGCUCUAUAUUAAAUUGGUUUGUGAUUUUCAUUUCAUUUUUUUUUACGUAAUCUGGGGGUAAGGGUAACGCACAUUUUGAAAAUAUUUUUAACAACAUACAGGGUGAUUCAAACAUAUUUUCAAACUAAAGUU